AUAAAUGCCAAAGCAAACCGCCACAGCUCAGCAUAAAUUUUUAUGCUGCUUUGUUUACGUCCAGGUAGCUUACGAUGAUCGAAACUGCCCAAAUCAUCUCGGUGGCGGCCGUGCUGGCCUCUUUUCUGGUCGGUUACAAGUACGGAAACAGGUUAAGCAACAACAAUGCUGGCAAAUCGUCAAACUCCCGCGAGUCUUCCGACCAGCCAUCGUCCAACGAGGAGGAGGAAAAUGUUUUCUCCGACGGAGGCCACGGCGACUGCAAGAUGAUUCUCGUGGUUCGGAACGACCUGAAGAUGGGCAAGGGAAAGAUUGCGGCCCAGUGUGGCCACGCGGCCGUCGGAGCGGUCGAGAACGCGCGGAAGAAUCCAAACUUGCUGCGGAAGUGGCGCAAUAGCGGCCAGGCAAAGAUAGCCGUCAAGGUGGAAUCGGAGGAGAAGAUGAUGGAGGUGUACAAGCUGGCAAAGCAGAAGAAGCUCAACUGCUGCCUGAUUCGGGACGCCGGGCGGACACAGAUUGAACCGAACAGCAAAACCGUGCUGGCGAUUGGACCUGCUCCGAACCAGGUGCUGGACGAAGUCACCGGACGGUUGAAGUUGCUGUGAAUCAGGGCAUUUCUCAAUUUAAAGUAGUCUGUAAGUUUAGUUUUAUGAGAUUACUUUUUAAAUGCUUGAAAUGAAACGAUAAAUAAAUGAGUUCAACAGAAGAAAUCUGCUCCAAUCAGCUCU